AAAGUGUUAGUGUAUUUAGAAUACGCUUGUUUUGUAUGCGGUAAUAUUUUGGGAAAUGCCACAACUUGCAUCAAUCACGUCAGAAGACUACAUGGUUAUGUAAUUCCACCUCGCCCUGCUGGUGAAAAGCGACCGCGUAAUGCCGAUUAUGGAUAUGUAGAUGAUCAUAGCGACCCGUACACGAUUAUCGAGUACGCUUGUCCUUGUUGCUGGUUUCAUUCUCCAGAAGGCGAUUUAGAAAUUCUUAACGAACAUAUUCGUGAAGAACACGAACCAACUAAAGUAAAAAAUCACGAC